AUGGCCACGCCGGCCCCCCUGGAGGAUCAGGCUCGUCUGCUGGAGGAUGCCCUGGUCGCCGUGCGCCAGCAGACUUCGCUCAUGCGGAAAUGCCUCGAUACGCCCGGAAAGCUCAUGGACGCUCUGAAGUGCUGCUCGACGCUGGUGUCCGAGCUCCGGACGAGCAGCCUUGGCCCGAAGCAGUAUUAUGAACUCUACAUGGCCAUAUUCGACGCCCUGCGCUUCCUGGCGGUCCAUCUGCGAGAGAACCAUCCUGUUAACCACCUGGCCGAUCUCUACGAAUUGGUUCAAUAUGCCGGAAACAUCAUCCCGAGGCUGUACCUCAUGGUCACUGUCGGAACAGCAUACAUGUCCAUCCCUGAAGCACCAGUAAAGGAGCUGAUGAAGGACAUGAUGGACAUGAGCCGCGGUGUUCAGCAGCCUAUUCGCGGACUCUUCCUUCGAUAUUACAUGUCUGGACAGGCUAGAGACUUUCUCCCCACUGGCACCGGCGACGGCCCAGAGGGUAAUAUAAGCGACUCGAUCAACUUCAUACUGACCAACUUUGUGGAAAUGAACAAAUUAUGGGUUCGUUUACAGCACCAAGGACACUCGCGCGAGAGAGAGCAGAGGAUCCGGGAACGACAGGAAUUGCAGCUUCUUGUGGGAAGCAACAUUGUUCGCCUGAGCCAGCUGGUUGAUCUGGAGACAUACAAGACAGGCAUUCUUGCGCCUCUGUUGGAGCAGGUUGUACAGUGCCGAGACGUUUUGGCCCAGGAGUAUCUUCUGGAGGUCAUCACGCAGGUAUUCCCUGACGAGUUCCACCUACACACCCUGGACCAGUUUCUCGGCGCCGUAUCGAGACUAAACCCCCACGUGAAUGUCAAAGCCAUUGUCAUUGGUCUCAUGGACCGUCUGUCCGAAUAUGCUGAACGUGAGGGGGCCAGUGAGAAGGGCCCUGAUCAGGAGAAGGCCGAGGCUGAGGCAUUGGCUAAUCUGCUUGAAAAGAUUCAGCUUCAGAAGGAGACCGAGCCGCCAGUCGCUCAGCCAGCCCCUGAGCAGCCACCUGCAGAGGAGGCAAGCGACAAGGUCACUGAGGAGGCUAAUCAGGAACAAGUACCAGAGGAAGGAGAAGCAGCAGCACCCGAGCCCGCAGCUAGCGAAACGGAUACCGCCGCUGCGGCAGACGGAAUAGACCCCUCAGUUGCCGAGACGGAAACAACAGCAGUCAAUGGAGAAGAAGGCGAAUCUUCCAAGGACGUACAGCUCUACGAAGUCUUCUUCACACAGGUCAAGAAUCUUGUUGAAGCUCAGCAUCUCCCCAUUCAAGAUACAAUCGCGCUGUUGGUAUCCCUCUGCAACUUGGCGCUGAACAACUACCCCGACCGCCUUGACUAUGUGGAUCAGAUUUUGGCUUACGCCACGGCGAAGACGAAAGAGAACAUCAACAAUGCUGACCUUCACUCCGCUCAGGCUCAGCAGAGCCUCCUUGCUCUACUGCAGGCACCUCUCAACCGCUACGUAUCAAUAUUCACCGCCUUAUCCCUUCCAACAUACGUGCCUCUGUUCCAAGCUCAGUCAUACCCGACUCGCCGCGCCGUUGCUGGUGGCAUCAUCCGGGGCCUAUUGAAAGAUCAGAUCAAGAUUUCCAAAACGAGCCAGUUGGAACACGUGCUCGAUGUUCUAUCGGUACUCAUCAAGGAGGGAACGCAAUCACCACAAGGCUACGCCGGAGCUACUCAGCGACGAGCCGUGGAGACUGAUGAGACCCUUGAGGAGCAAGGAUGGCUAGCAAGAAUGGUGCACCUGCUCCAGGGAGAGGACAAUGAUACGCAGUUCAAGCUUCUGCAGCUGACACGUAAAGCAUUUUCGGAUGGCAACGAUCGCAUCAGGACAACCACGCCGCCACUGAUAACAGCAUGCUUGAAGCUGGCCAGGAAAUUCAAGACUCGGGAGCAUUUUGAUGACAACUGGGAGACGCAGAUUAAUGCCCUUUUCAAAUUCAUCCACUCUGCGAUUAGCACACUUUACACCCGUGUAACGAGCACGGGCGUGGCCGAGCUAGCUCUGCGUUUGUUCUCUUCUGCAGGACAGACUGCAGACCUGACCGGAUUCGAGGAAGUGGCAUAUGAGUUUUAUGCGCAGGCAUUUACAGCGUACGAGGAGUCCAUUUCUGAUUCCAAAGCCCAGUUCCAGGCUGUCUGUGUCAUUGCCAGCUCACUUCACCAAACCCGCAACUUUGGUAAGGAGAAUUACGACACGUUAAUCACCAAGUGCGCACAGCACGGCAGCAAACUGCUGCGGAAACCAGAUCAAUGCCGAGCAGUGUACUUGGCCAGUCAUCUAUGGUGGGCAACCCCCGUUGCUGGGAAUGGAGAAACAGAAGAGACCGAGCUCUACCGUGACGGCAAGCGAGUUCUGGAGUGCUUACAACGGGCUCUUCGCGUGGCUGAUUCGUGCAUGGAGACGGCGACGUCGAUCGAACUCUUUGUUGAGAUUUUGGACCGCUACGUCUACUACUUUGAUCAGCAGAAUGAAGCAGUGACUACGAAAUACCUGAAUGGUCUCAUUGAGUUGAUCCACUCGAAUUUGGCAGGCAAUCAGCAAGAAUCGGCUUCAAUCGAAACCAGCAAGAAACACUUUCAUCAAACUCUUGAGAAUAUCAAAUCCAGGCAGUACGAGGGAGUUGUUCUAUACCCAAGUUAG